UGUAUGAACAUUGAACUUUCAAACAUUUCAUGAUAAUGCAUCCUCUUUGAAAUCCGGUAUAAAAAUAAUACAAUGCGGUAUUGCUACGUAAUACCGUGCAGUAAUAGCUCGAAAUUAAAGCCUUAGGAUAUUUGUAACAAAUUCUUUUACGGACCGGUAUAAUUCAUCUGUGCAUAAUAUCAAGCCUUAUCAAAUUUAAUACCGAGAAAUGAAAUCAUGUCACUAUCCCAGAUUUCUAUCAAUGUAUUAAUUAAUGAAUGUACUAUCCUCGUAUUUAGGCUUGUCACCUUAUUUGCAUAAAUCUUACUAUGCCCAUUUUCGGAAUACGGGAUUUCUAUGUCGGAUAAACUUUAUGCCUAUUAAUCGCGAUUCGCAAAUGCGUCAAUAUAUGCAAAUGAGGUGACCGGCUAUAAAAGUUCGACAGUAUGAUACACAAAAUUGAGCAAACGGAAGAUGAGAAAUCGUCUUCAUUCACCCGCGAACUGGUCGUCCACAAACAAACACAACUUUGCUAUUUUGCUAGAUAAAAACUAGUGGCAGUUGGCUCCGUCAACUAUUUACCAUUUUGUAAUCGCAUAAAAAUUAUUGCGAUUCCGUCGUCUUCUUGUCGCUACAAAGACAUAUUCAAUUAUUAUAACCGUCGCAUCCAAUAUAUAAGUAGUUUCCCCUGUGACCUGCCCUGACAAAUAUGGAGGAGGAAGAUCCACAAAGUCAAGCUCUACGAAAUCCGAUUAUUCUUCAACAAAUAUUACAAAACGUCCCUCGCUCCGGAAAAACAGCACGGCUCGUUUCUCACUUCUGGAAUACAAUCGUACUUUCCCUUCCUUCCCCAAAGGUUGGCAUCAACUCGGAGUAUGGGAUUGAUUGCUGCAACGCCACCCCGUUUCAAAUAUUUUGUAUCAAAAUGGAGCCCCGACUUGCCCGAAGUAUAACUACGCAUCCAAUUUCCGGUUGUUGCGACCACUCACAUGCUCAAAUCCUUUCGUCCGCUGAAUCGAAACUGCUCCACUUUUCCUGCCAAUUCGGUCACUUUAUACAAGACUUCACCGUAAUCUGUAACAAUUCCGAGCUUAUCCCAACAUUGCACGAAAUACUGCGAAACUGCUGCCCUAAUUUGAAAAGACUCGAAAUUUCUUUCGUGGGACAGAUAGGAUUCGAAAAUUCUGAUGAACCAGAAUCUCAUAAUGGUACAGCCUCCCUCCCAUGCAACUUGCGUAAGUUGGUCUCCUUCAAAAUUGGAGAUAUCACGGGGUACCAGGGUUCCUUCAGGAUGACGCAGGGGCUCCUUAAUUCUGCCCCAAACCUCACCCAUUUCUUCCUCAAUGGCAACCACCUUCCAGAUUUAAGCUCGAAUAGGUCCGUCAAACUGCUUGAAUUGACCAUCAGUUUGAUGGAUAUAUCAGAUCUCCUGAGUGCCAACUUUAUCGGCAAAGUGAACAAGAUCUUGGAACAGGUGAAGGAUCACGUGGAAUUUUUGUACUUGGGGGCUAAAAGCCUGAAUGGUGACCUUACUACGGGCCCAAUUGAUGUACAGAUUCCAAAAGUAAAGAAGCUCAAGGAAUUUGGAAACUCCGCGCUGGAUUUGUUUACCUGUGGGGAUAAAUUGCAAAAUAUUUGCACAGCAAGGAUCCCAACUUUGCAACGUUUACGGCUUUCUCAAUCUUAUAAAACCGAGGAAGGUUUGGAUCAUAUAUUACGAAAUAUUAUCGAGGAGGAGGGUUUAUUCAGCGGGAUAAAAUAUCUGCGCGUGGAGAAUCUACAUGCCCUCGAAGUAAUUGCUGGAUUAAAGACACCGUUUCCAAAUUUGGAAAAUUUGUCGAUUUAUCAGUCGGAUAAGAUAUCGUGUCCGUUUAUCGGGCUGGAACCGUAUCUAAAAGCGUAUUCUUCACUUGGAUUGAAAUUUUUGGAGAUGGAAUUGGCAAAUGUUCAUGGCGAAAACUUUUCCCACUUUAUUCAAGGAUUUUCAAAUUGCGGGGAAUUGUUGUCAGGUCUCAAAGGCUUGAAAAUACAGUUCAAAAAUUACCUUGGCCGCGAAGGAUCCGAUGACUUGGAUCUCGUGUCGUCGUCUCCUGUUGUGUAUGUCGAAGAUGGAAUGGUGCGGAUGAAGCACUUGAAGCAGUGGUUCUUGCAAAUGAAGGGAUUGGAGGACGUGCAUAUUUCAGGAAUUGAAUUUAAGAAAGAAACAUGGAAAUGGAUGGACCCCUUCAUUCAAGAGAACAAGAUUCCAAUUGUGUUCAAAAAAGAUUGAAUCGUUUUCCAGCACCAUUUCUCCAAGAAAUUUCAUACUUUAUGGGGUAGUGACUUCACGAAUUGCAGCCAAGUUGAAGACAAUAAUUAAUACUAUUGUUUUAUUUUAUUUUGCUGUGCGAAUUAAAUUCCAUUCCGGUUUCUUUAAUAAUUAUCAAAAAUGUCUAAAAUAAAUUUGAAUACAUAUGUAAA